AUGCAGCCCACAGCCACCAUGGCCACAGGCACUUCUGCCACCAAUGUGGUGCUGACCACAUCGUGGGACAAUACCACGGGCCGCCCCACGGCGGAGCCUGACCCCAUCCUGGACAACUAUGUGCUGCUGGUGGUGGUCAUGUCCCUCUUCGUCGGGGGCACAUUGGUGGUGCUGUCGGGGGUGCUGUUACUGUGUAAACGCUGCUGGGAGGGGCAUCGUCGUGCACACAGAGCCAUGGAGGAAGUGGAGAAGACCACUACCACCUACCUAGACAGUGGUACCCACGUGGCCCAAGACCCCGCCUCCCGGGGCGAGGACCCUGAGGGCCAGGAUGCUGAGACCGAGCGCUUCCUGGCCACCAGUGCUACGGGCCGCCGGGUCUCCUUCAACGAGGCCGCCUUGUUUGAACAGAGCCGCAAGGCACAAGACAAGGGCCGCCGGUACACACUGACAGAGGGUGACUUUCACCACCUGAAGAAUGCCCGCCUCACGCACCUGCACCUGCCGCCUCUAAAGAUCAUCACCAUCCAUGAAUGUGACUCAGGCGAGGCCAGUGCGGUGACCACACCCCACCCACCUGCCCCCUCCAAAGGCAGCCUCGCCAUCUUCCAGCCCCCGGGGAAGGCCCUCACUGGCCGCUCUGUGGGCCCCAGCUCCGCCCUGCCAGGUGAUCCUUACAACUCUGCCGCGGGUGCUGCUGGCUUUGUGGAGAUCAGCCCUUCAGUGUCAAGUGACUCUGGGGAGGGCACCUCGCUGGAUGCAGGUGCUCGGAGCGCCAGGGCUAGUGGGCCUGGGGCUGCAGUGGGGCCUGGCGAGGCGGGCGCUGGUUCCGUGCUGCAGUUCCUCACUCGUCUGCGGCGCCAUGCCAGCCUAGAUGGGGCUAGCCCCUACUUUAAAGUCAAAAAGUGGAAGCUGGAGGCCAGCCAGCGGGCGUGCAGCUUGGACACGAGAGGUUCGCCUAAGAGGCAUCAUUUUCAGCGGCAGCGGGCCGCCAGUGAGAGCAUGGAGCAGGAGGUGGAUGUCCCCCACUCAGACUUCAUCCAGUACAUCGCACGAGCUGGAGACACUGUGGCCUUCCCGUCCCCCGGCCCCUUCCUGGCUAGUCCCACCAGCCCGCCCCCCGCUCUCGGCAGGUUAGAGGCAGCCGAGGAGCAGGGCGCCGCCGCGGGAGGAGCCAGCCCCGAGUCCCCCACGGAGCGCGGCAGCACAGGGCCGGACUCGGAGCAGCAGCAGCAGCCGGACUCGGACCCAGAGCAGACCCAGACGGGCUGCAACGACAUCUGGAGGCUGCGCGCCUCGCUCGAACUGCACGCGGCCACUGCUUCGGACCACAGCAGCAGCGGCAACGACCAUGACUCUGUGCGCAGCGGCGACAGCUCGGGUUCCGGGGGCCCGCCGCCCGCCUUCCCGCCGUCCUCGCCGCCACCUGCACCGCGGCCCAAGGACGGUGACGCCAGCGAGACGGGUGGGUCCCGUAAACUCCUGCAGAUGGACAGCGGCUAUGCCAGCAUCGAGGGCCGCGGCGCGAGCGACGACGGGCAGCCCAGCGCGGCAGUCACCCCCGCGCCGCCCCGCAGCCCGCGCGUCUGGCCUCGCCGUGGCCCUCGCCGCGACUACAGCAUCGAUGAGAAGACGGAUGCCCUCUUUCACGAGUUUCUUCGCCACGACCCGCAGUUCGAUGAGAACCCCACGGUGGCCGCGCGUCAUCGCGCACGCGCGCAUCCUCACGCACGCAAGCAGUGGCAACGUGGCCGACAGCACAGCGAUCCCGGAGCACGCGCCGCGCAGGCUCUGCCUCCUCCAGGAGCCGAGCCCCGUCCCGCGCGCGCACCCUUGCGUCGCGGCGACAGUGUCGAUGGCCCGCCGCCACCCACGCGCGGUGCUGGCUCUGGGUCCGAUGACUUGGCCGCCGCCACUAUCCCAGCCAUCGAGGAGGAGCCCGGUGGCGGUGGUGGCGGUGGCUGCUCCGGCGCGGGCCUGUGCGUGGAGCCCACAGAGGCACUGCUGCACAAGCUGGGGGCAGGCCUCGAGGAAAGACUCUUCCCGCCGCGCCUCAUUCAGCCAGUCUCAGCGGCACCAGUGUUGGCCACCGCUGCUCCAACGUCUCCUGACCACAGCCCGGCCUAA